AUAACUUGCUUAAAUACUAAAAUAGCACAACAAAUAUAUCUGAUAUCAGUAUAGAUUAAGUAAAGAUAAUAUAGUAGGUAAGAUAGAUGAUGUAAGGUCCAACUACAAUUAUUUUAUUAUAAGAAUUUCCCACCUUGGUCAAAAUCAUUUUUCAAAGGAACCGCUUAGUCCUACUGGCCCCUAAAACCUGGCUACCAGUGUUGCUACUUACUCACUGCGCUCCUUCAGAUAUUCAAAACGUAAACCUCCCUCGAUUUGCUAUGCAACAACGGCUCAAGAGGGUCAUUGGAUAAAAACCCAUUUUCUAAAUAAAUAAAUUAAUUAAAAAAUUAAUUUAAGUAUUUAUAUUUCAAAGUUGUUACACUUGCAUGUUCGUUCGGCGCGAUUUAUACGUUUACUCCAUGAAAAAUCCAUUAGAAUUAAUCUGGCUUUUAUCGCAACGUCCAACUGUACGAUUUCCGACUACUACCUACACACUUUACUUUUCACUAGUUAGUUCUUACGAUAUUUGCUUCAAGUGUGUGUGUCCGACCUAGGAUACACAUUUACAGUGAGUUGUCUGUGCUUCUAGUUUGUUUUAUAGCAGUUAAUAUUAUAACAUAUAGCCUUACAUUUUUUAUACUUGAUUAAGAUUUACGUUUUCAAAUACUAUAAUAUUCAAAUCGAUUUCAUCAGAAUACAUACAACUUUCAAAUACCAAAUUGUUCACUCACAGAAAAUGGCCCAAACUGAAGCUGUAAAACAGGCAAAAGAAUUACAUGAAACAUUGCAGGCUGACGCAGAGAAUCUUUUAGUUCAAAAAUUUCCAGAACGAAUAUUACAUUUAAACGAGUUACUCAAAAUGCCUGAGUUCGAAGUUGCUUCAAAUGUCAUGAAAUUGGAAUGUAAUAAAAAUUCAGAUUUCAUUUCGGGACAAACACUCAUACCAUCCAAUAAAAAAAUUAUUGAAGUUAUGGAAAUUGUUAAACCCAAUCUCAAACAAUUAAUUGACGACGCCAAAGCUUUGGCGAUGUGGGUAUCCUUAUUAAUACCAAAGAUUGAAGAUGGAAAUAAUUUUGGAGUAUCUGUGCAAGAAGAAACUAUUUCUGCUAUAAGCGACGUUGAAAUAACAACAGGCAAAUCUCUAAUUCAGAUAUCACAUUACAAUUUAUUUCGUGCACAACUUAUUUCCAAGGUUUGCAAAUACCCAUUGAUUGAAGACUAUCAGUAUGCUGUUGCAGAAUUGGACGAAAGGCAAUGCUUCUUUUUGUCUCUUGCCAUGCACGAUGCCCGUAAUUCUUAUUCUACAAUGCAUGAACUAGUUAUUAAAAACUUCGACAAAAUAAAGAAGCCACGGUCAUCAAACAAUGACUGUCUUUAUUAAGUGCAGUAAGAUCAUACACAAAAAAAACAACAAAGACUAGAGAUAUCUCUAAUUUCUAGCCUUCAUUCUAAAAACUUUAAAAUUUAAAUUUAUAUCCUUAUCAUUUCCUCAACAUAUUCAUUUUUAUGUCAAUAAUACAAGUAACAUUUUAACAAUGAAAAUAAGAUAUUAUACAAAAUGUUUACUUCAGUUUAACAUUUAAGAUGUGCAUGGUAAUAAAUAAAAAUAUUAUUUCUUUAA